UGGGUGUGGGUUCUGCGGCCGCCUCUCCCUUCUGUCGUGCCCAGCAUCUCUCCUCCCAUCGUACCGACAGCCGGGGACCGCCGCGGGGCGGGGGAUGCCGGGCUGCCGCAUCAGCGCCUGUGGCCCAGGGGCCCAGGAAGGGACGGCAGAACCGGGGUCCCCCCCGCCGCCACCCCGGGAGCCUCUGCCGUCCCUCCAGCCCCCGCCUCCAUCGCCGACCUCGACCCCGACACCCACUCAGUCACCGCCCUUGCCCGAGGCGGCGGAGACACCCGUGGAGGGGCAGGAGCUGCAGCGCUGGCGCCAGGGUGCUAGUGGGGGUCCGGGGGGCGCGGGCCCGGCGGGAGGCUCGGGCGGGGGUGCGGGUGCGGCGGCAGGGGCGGGGGGCCGUGCGCUGGAGCUGGCCGAAGCGCGGCGGCGACUGCUGGAAGUGGAGGGCCGCCGGCGCCUGGUGUCGGAGCUGGAGAGCCGGGUGCUGCAGCUGCACCGAGUCUUCUUGGCUGCCGAGCUGCGCCUGGCGCACCGCGCCGAGAGCCUGAGUCGCCUGAGCGGCGGCGUGGCCCAGGCCGAGCUCUACCUGGCGGCGCACGGGUCGCGUCUCAAGAAGGGUGCGCGCCGCGGCCGCCGGGGUCGUCCUCCCGCGCUGCUGGCCUCGGCGCUGGGCCUGGGGAGCUGCGUACCCUGGGGUGCCGGGCGGCUGCGGCGCGGCCACUGCCCCGAGCCCGACUCGCCCUUCCGCCGCAGCCCGCCCCGCGGCCCCGCCUCCCCGCAGCGCUAACCUCAGAACCCGCGACCCCUGGGCUCCGGAGACAGGCGGAAGGACGGACGGACGGACGGGUCUGAGUGCUGGCUAGAUGGACCGCGUCAUCUCUGCGGAGGAGACAGGUGGGGGCCCGGGGGCCCUGAAAAUGAGACUAAGCUCCUUGGAACCUCCACUUUCUGGGUCUGGACUUCUGCAUUCCACGCCUCUGGAUACCGCCCUCAGGAAGACUUCCAGGAUUGACUGUACCCAGUCUCAGCACCCUCCUCCCAGGAGCCCUUCCAGUGGCAAGGGACUGGGGCCUGGGAACUUGCUAUACUCUGAAUUGUUGCUUUCCAUACACUGCGUUUAACUUUGCUUAUGCAGGGGCUUGAGAUGCUGUCAGUUAGCCGGGAGUGCAGCAAACAUGGCCAGUGUGACAACGAGAAGGAUUUCCUUUAAAGAUAGACUCCUCAUUCUUAAACUUCAGGUCACAGUGUAGCUGGAGCCCCUGUCACUGCAGGUCAUGGUGUAGCUGGAGCCCCUGUCACUGCAGGUCACAGUGUAGCUGGAGCCCCCGUCACUGCAGGUCACAGUGUAGCUGGAGCCCCUGUCACUGCAGGUCACAGUGUAGCUGGAGCCCCUGUCACUGCAGGUCAUGGUGUAACUGGAGUCCCUAUUGUCACUUCUAUGUCUAGGAGCCCCAGGAGGCCUAUUUGAGGCAAAUCACUGGUGUAGGAAACGCCCCUUUUCCUUCGGCCACUGUCCUUGUCCUCCCCAUGUGAGUGAGGACAUCCCUGUGGCUUCUUGCAGACAAUCAGCUGCUGCCUCCUAGGGGGACACCUCUUUCUUAGGAUGAGGUGGUGGCAACAUCAAACUUCCGAGCAAAGUUCUCAAUGCACAGGGGAAAUCCAUUUCUUUACGACAAGGGAAGGAGGCACAUGUACUCACACACCGCCCGGAACUUAGAGGCUUCUGUAUAUCGACUCGGUCCCCAACUAUAUACACAUGGGAAGAAUAAAACUCAGUAAUGUGAGGCUGAACCGUG